UGGUAUAGAAAAUGUGAGUCUUAUUCACCUGAAUCGUAGCAGUCAUAAACUGCGACCUACCGUCAAGACAGGGAUGUGCCUUCUGAGAGUCAGUCGACUGGUGAUUAAAGGUAUAGUUUGCAUACUUUUCAAGAGAUUAGGUGUCGAAGUGGGACCGUCGCAAGAUCCGACACACCUACGGUUUUAUAAUGCGGCAAAAAAAACGCAUGGGGUUCACGUUGCAGAUGGAUCAUUCUCGUCCAACCAGAUCAAUACAACGUUUCUGCGUCUCUUCUACGAUUGA